UUGUGUUUCUUGAUGAGUUAUCUUUCAAUUCCGUCAUUUGCCUCUUUGUAUCAGUCGUAAUUAGAGUUUGCAGUUGAGACAUACAGACGAAAUGGAUUGGCUCUUUGGCAAAAAGAUCAGCCCUGAUGAGAUGCUUCGCAAGAACCAGCGCGCCCUGAACAAGGCGAUGAGGGACCUGGAUCGCGAGCGCAUGAAAAUGGAACAACAGGAGAAGAAAAUCAUUGCGGACAUCAAGAAAAUGGCCAAGGAGGGCCAAAUGGAUGCGGUGAAGAUCAUGGCUAAGGAUUUGGUGCGCACCCGUCGCUACGCAAAGAAAUUCAUGCUCAUGAAGGCAAACAUUCAAGCCGUUUCCCUCAAGAUACAGACGCUUAAGUCACAGAACACAAUGGCUCAGGCAAUGAAAGGUGUCACAAAGGCCAUGCAAAACAUGAACCGCCAGCUGAAUCUACCGCAAAUACAAAAGAUCCUGCAGGACUUUGAGAAGCAAUCGGAAAUGAUGGACAUGAAGGAGGAGAUGAUAAACGACGCCAUCGACGAUGCCAUGGAGGACGAGGGCGAUGAGGAGGAGACCGAUGCUGUCGUUUCACAAGUGCUUGACGAAUUGGGCCUGCAGUUGGGCGAACAAUUGGGCGACCUGCCCAAUGCCUCCGGUUCGCUGUCCAUCGCCGGCGGGGCUGGCGCACAGAAGACGCUGGCUGCUGUGUCUGCCGGUGGUGUGGGAGGCGGUGGUGGUGGUGCCGGCGGCGGCGGCACUGGGAAUUCUGGCAGUGGUGCAGCCAGUGGCAGCGGUGGCACCUCCCCAAUGUCCGAUGCGGAUGCUGACCUCCAGGCUCGACUCGACAAACUACGAAAGGACUGAGUCCGAGAGAAUCUUCUGCCUGCCUGUCGUUUCCACGCGUAUUUUUAUACAAGAGAUUCCCCACCCUGUUUCGUCUCGCUUCGUGU